AUGUUUUUUUUUUUAUUUCUUUCUUUUUUUUUUUUUUUUAAUGAUUUUUUCUUCUUUUUUCUUCAUUUCUUUUCUUUCUUUUAUAUUUUUCUUUUAACAGGACAAAAAAAAUUUUUUCUUUCUUUUUUCUUUUCUUUUAAACCUUUUUUUUUUUUUUUUUUUCUUUUUUUUCUUUUAAUUAUUUUUUUUUUUUUUUUUUUUUUUUCUUUUUUCUUUCUUCUUUAUUUUUAUUUAAUUUUUUUUCUUUUCUUUCUUUUUUUUAAUUUUUUUUCUUUUUUUUCUUUCUUUUUCUUUUUUUUUUCUUUUUCAUUUUCGUUGUUUUUUUCUUUUUCUUCUUUCUUUUUUUUUUUUUUUUUUUUUUUUUUCUUUUUUUUUUAUAUAAAUUUAUUUCUUUGUUUCUUUUCUUUCAUUUUCUUUCUUUUUUUUCUUUCUUUUUGUUUCUUUCAUUAUUUAAAAGAAAAGAUUUUCUUUCUUUUUUUUCUUUUUUUUGCACAAAAAAAAUUUUUUUAUUUGUUCUUUUUUUUUUUUUUUUUUUUUUGCUUUCUUUUUCUUUUUUUUUCUUUUUUCUGUUUUUUUUUCUUUCUUUUUUCUUUUAUUUUUUUUAUUUUUUUUUAUUUCUUUUUUUUUAUUUUUUUUUUCUUUUUUAAAAAAAAUUUUUUUUUUUCUUUCUUUUUCUUCUUUUUCUUAAAAAUUUCCUUUUUUCCUUUUUUCUUUUUCUUUCUUCUUUUCUUCUUUGUUUGUUUGUUUGUUUUUUCUUUCUUCCUUUCUUUCUCACCAAGCAUUGCAUUAUUUAUCAAUUUCAUUAUCUAUCUAUCUAUCUAUCUAUCUAUCUAUCUAUCUAUCUAUAUAUCUAUCUUAAUCUAUUCAUUAUCUAUCUAUCUUCUAUCUAUCUAUCUAUCUAUCUACCUAUUUCAGUCUUAUUUCUAUAUCUAUAUCUAUCUAUCUAUCUAUCUAUCUAUCUCUCAGCCUGCUUAUUUCAGUCUUAAUAUCUGUCUAUUUAUCUAUCUAUAUGUGACUAUUCAUAUCUAUCUAUCUAUCUAUCUAUCUAUCUAUCUAUCUAUCUAUCUAUCUAUCUCAGUCUUUCAUUUCUAUCUAUCUACAGAUCGAUCGAUUUCAGUAUCUAUCUAUCUAUCUAUCUAUCUAUCUAUCUAUCUAUCUAUCUCAGUCUUUCAUUUCUAUCUAUCUACAGAUCGAUCGAUUUCAUUAUCCUAUCAUAUAUCUAUCUAUAGAAUAUCUAUCUCAGUUUUGUUCAUAUUCUAUUAUCUAUCUAUCUAUCUGUCUCUAUCUAUCUAUCUAUUUAUUUAUCUAUCUAUCUCUCAGCCUGCUUAUUUCAGUCUUAAUAUCUGUCUAUUUAUCUAUCUAUAUGUAUACUAUUCAUAUCAUUCUAUCUAUCUAUCUAUCUCAGUCUUUCAUAUCUAUCUAUUGACAGAUCGAUCGAUUUAUAUCUAUCUAUCUAUCUAUCUAUCUAUCUAUCUCAGUCUUUCAUUUUUAUCUAUCUACAGAUCUAUCGAUUUCUAUAUCUAUCUAUCUAUCUAUCUAUCUAUCUAUCUAUCUCUAUCUAUUUAUUUCAGUCUUAUUCCAUAUCUAUCUAUCUAUCUAUCUAUCUAUCUAUCUAUCUCUCAGCCUAUUAUUUCAGUCUUAAUAUCUGUCUAUUUAUCAAUCUAUAAUCUAUUCAUAUCAUCUAUCUAUCUAUCUAUUCAUCUAUCUAUCUAUCUAUCUAUCUAUCUAUCUAUCUCAUCUUUCAUUUCAUCUAUCUACAGAUUGAUCGAUUUCAAAAUCUAUCUAUCUAUCUAUCUAUCUAUCUAUUUAUCUAUCUCAGUCUUUCAUUUCUAUCUAUCUACAAUCGAUCGAUUUCAUCUUAAUAUCUGUCUAUUUAUCUAUCUAUAUUCAUUCAUAAAUCUAUCUAUCUAUCUAUCUAUCUAUUUUUUCCAAAAUCUAUCUACAGAUCGAUCGAUUUCAAAGAAUCUAUCUCUAUCUUCUAUCUAUCUAUCUAUCUUGUAUCUAUCCUCUAUCUAUCUAUCUAUCUAUCUAUCUAUUUCUCUCAUUAUCUAUCGAUCGAUUUCAGUAUCUAUUCAAUCAUCUAUCUAUCUAUCUAUCUAUCUAUCUAUCUAUCUCAGUCUUUCAGAUUCUAAUCAUCUUCCUUCGAUCGAUUUCAUAUCUAUCUAUCUAUCUAUCUAUCUAUCUAUCUAUCUAUCUAUAUAUUUCAUCUUUUAUCUGUCUAUUUAUCAAUCUAUAUGUGACUCUUAUUCAUCUAUCUAUCUAUCUAUCUUUUCAUUUUCUAUCUAUCUAUAUAUAUAUAUAUUCAUAUAUCUAUCUAUAAACUAUCUAUCUAUCUAUCUAUCUAUCUCAGUCUUUCAUUUCUAUCUAUCUAUUAGAUCGAUCGAUUUCAGUUAUCUUUCUAUCUAUCUAUAUAUCUAUCUAUCUAUCUAUCUAUCUAUAUUUUCAUUUUAG